AUGCAUAUUGAGGAACUGAAUGAGGAGGAGCAAUUAGGGGAACGGGGGGUUCAAGCUUGUGGUGAUGAUGUUGAAGGUACAAUCAUCGUGUGGGAUGCAAAAAGGGUUUUGGUCGGGGCAGGAGCUCGUGCUCUUUUUUAUCCAACAUUGUUGUAUAACGUUGUCAGAAACAAGAUCGAACCUGAGUUUCAUUGGUGGGAUAGAGUUGACGAGUUUGUUUUGUUAGGAGCUGUUCCUUUUCCUGCUGAUGUUCCGCGUUUGAAAGAGCUUGGGGUUUGUGGGGUGGUUACCUUGAACGAACCAUACGAGACGCUGGUUCCAACAUCAUUGUAUAAAGACCAUGAUAUUGAUCAUUUGGUGAUACCUACGAGAGAUUAUCUCUUUGCUCCAUCAUAUCCUGACAUUUGUCAGGCUGUAGAUUUUAUCCACGUUUCCUUUUCUCCCCCACUGCGGCCGUCGACAUAUGUUCACUGCAAGGCUGGGCGCGGGCGUAGCACUACAAUUGUCCUUUGUUACUUGGUUAAGCAUAAGAAUAUGACGCCCGAAGUUGCUUAUGAUCUUGUAAGGUCUAUUCGGCCGAGGGUACUUUUAGCCUCUACUCAGUGGCAGGCUGUUCAAAAUUAUUAUUCCUGUAUGAAGGAAUCUGAAGAUGGCAUCUGCAAGAGUGACAAUGUAUCAGGAACAAGUUUGUGUCUGCCAGAGAAACGAGUCGCCUCAGCUUUUGAUGAUGAGUCUAUUGUUGUAGUGACAGAUUCUGACCUUGAUGGAUAUGACGAAACCCACGAGUCCUGUUUAUUGAGUAAGAAAACAUCAAAUAACUUGAAACUAGCUUGUAGAUUUCAGUUUGCCAGCCAGGCAGCUAUUGGUAGGCUUUCGUGUUUGUGGAUUCGCUGCCAAACCAGCCAGGAAGUAUUGAAGAAGUCACUGGCGGAGGACUCUUUGACAAGUCAGCUAGAGGGCAUUGGUGUUGACAUCCAUGGUGUUCUUUUCCUCAAGUUAAUUGUUAUGCACAGGUUUCUUCAGGAUAGGCUCCAAGAAGAGCAGGCUAAUCAGCUGAAUGUUCUUGUCCAAGCUUGGGAAAUCAGGUUUACUGUUUCUGAUGAAAAAAGUAUAAAUGGAAUUGAAGAUAUUAGUCUUUCACCUUCUCCAACACCAGGUGCUUCACCCAUCCUUAGAAGAUUCAUACUCCAUUGCCAAGGAGGUCGUAAUUUGGAAGAUUGUGGAGAAGGGAGGUCAUCUAUCUUUCCUUAUGAAGAGAUGACGCGGAGAGUUCUGUUAAAUAUUGCGGUUGCAUCAGCCAUAUCUCCUGCACUUCCCUCUUAUGCAAAGACAAAAAGUAAAAACCCCUUUGAUGAAAGGCGCUUGCUAGAGCAAAACAGGCGGAGACAGAGGGAGAAUAAUGCACCUGAAAACUUUCCAAAUUUUGUAAGAGAAGGAUUUACUGUAAAAGUUGUGGCACCAGACUAUUAUGUGAAGCGUGACUCGGGUCUUAUGGUUUGGGAUAUUGACGUUGGUAAAGGUGAAUCUCCAAAGGCUGGUCAACAGGUGACAUUUCACUACGUUGGUUAUAAUGAGUCUGGCCGCCGCAUUGACAGUACUUACAUUCAGGGUUCUCCGGCAAGAAUUCGAAUGGGCACUAAUGCACUGGUUCCAGGGUUUGAGCAAGGGAUCAGUGACAUGAAACCUGGUGGAAAGAGGAGAAUUAUCAUUCCUCCAGAACUCGGACCACCAGUUGGACCAUCCACCUUUUUCAGCUCAAAACAGUUUGAGGUCUUCGAUGUGGAACUGGUUAGCAUUCAGGAUUGUGUAAGGAGAACGAUAGGGUUUUACUCGGACUUUGUCUGCAAUUAA